GGGGCCGCGCACGUCGGGGCGGCGGGGGCGCGCACGUCGCCGGGCCGGGCCUGGCCGGGCCGCGCGGGGCCAUGGAGCGCUUCGGCGGCGGCUACGAGGAGGCGGCGGCGGCGGCGGAGCUGUCGCGGCAGCAGGAGCGGCACUACCAGCUGCUCUCCGAGCUGCAGGCGCUGGUGAAGGCGCUGCCCAGCAACUGCCAGCAGCGCCUGUCCUACACGACGCUGAGCGACCUGGCGCUGGCGCUGCUCGACGGGACCGUGUUCGAGAUCGUGCAGGGCCUGCUGGAGAUCCAGCACCUCACCGAGAAGAACCUCUACAGCCAGCGCCUCAAGCUGCACAGCGAGCACCGCGGGCUGAAGCAGGAGCUCUUCCACCGGCACAAGGAGGCCCAGCAGUGCUGCAGGCCGCACAACCUGCCGCUCCUGCGCGCGGCCCAGCAGCGGGAGAUGGAGGCUGUGGAGCAACGAAUUCGAGAGGAACAGCGAAUGAUGGAUGAGAAAAUAGUCUUGGAACUGGACCAAAAAGUGAUAGACCAACAGAGCACCCUGGAAAAGGCUGGGGUGUCCGGGUUCUACAUCACCACAAACCCCCAGGAGCUGACUUUACAGAUGAACUUAUUGGAACUGAUUCGGAAGUUACAACAGAAAGAAUCCCAGUCAGAGAAGGCUUUUUCCUAAACAAGCAAAUCUGCUGUUUUCUUUCCAGAGUUUUCUUCUGACUUCCCUCUAAAAAAUAGACUAUUUAAUGCAUUUGCUCUAUGAUACAUAAGGAAGAGGCUACUAGCCAGCAAGCGUAGAAGAAUUAGCUGAGGCCUGUAGAUAACCUUUAGAGAAGGGGGGAAGUGGACCUCCAGAGCAGAGGGGGUGGCUGAAGAGCAUCUGACCGCCUUUCCAGUCCUCAGAGCAGGAUGCAUGUUGCAAGUCCCGCUGUGUUGCUGCUGAUUAUAACUGUUGAGGAAUUCCCGCUUACCUUCAUGCAGAGAGUUAAUCAAAAUUAGUAAUUCGUGGGCCUUCCUAGUAUGGUUCUUUAGUGAACAGCAUUAUCUCUUCCAUCUCCAGAGUGCAGUUUCUGAGGUGAUGUGACACAUUAAUCGUAUGCCAACAGGUCUGGAAGUGGCAGCUCCUUUCACUUGAAGCAUGUCUGUGAGGCAGGAGGUGGCAGGAGGCAUUUGUUUGCUGUGUAUAUAUAGUCUGUGAUGUCAGCAAGGGGUUUAUGAAACCAAAGACUAGGCCAGGCACUGAGUCAGGAAACUCAACCCAGUACUGUAUUGAUGACCCUUGCAUGUGUAGGUGAAUCAAGCUGAAUUUGUGAGCAGUGCCAUCUGCUCCAAAUUACAAUCUCCUCUUCUGAUUCAAGGAGAAGUGAGCGUCUCUGAUAAGGAGUGGAAGAGGUGAGUAACUGCCAUAUCAGACAGGAAGCAAAGCGGAUAUGCCUUCCGGGCGGGCUGUGUGUGGCAGCUGAAAAAAAUCUCCAAGGUUUAUGUACAAGAAGAUGCUUGUGUAUGUGGUGAGGCUCUGUCCACCUGCAUUGGACUAUGAUAUUCAGGGUAUUUUUACCUGAGUGGGAUAGCAGAAGAGGCUGAGAGCAUUUGCUUUGUUACUUUAAGGUAGUUUCCAAAUGGAGAGAAAUAAAAUAUUCUGUCAGCCUUCUGA